AGUGAUCUAACCGAAGAAGGAAUGGAUGAUCUUAUGGAAAUAAUUGGGGAUGAAUCAAAAGCGAAACAAAUUCUUGACGCGGCUAAAGCUUCAAUGGGAACCGAUAUAUCUGAAUUAGAUAUGAUAAAUAUAAAAUGUUUUGCGGAUAGAGUAAUUGAAUUGGCUAAUUAUCGAAAACAAAUGUAUGAAUAUUUAUUGUCAAAGAUGCAAAAAAUUGCACCAAACUUAUCUGCAUUGAUUGGUGAAGUUGUUGCUGCCAGGCUGAUUGCUCAUGCCGGUAGCUUAACGAACCUUUCGAAAUAUCCAGCUUCAACUGUGCAGAUCCUUGGUGCAGAAAAGGCUUUAUUUAGAGCUCUAAAGACCAAAGGAAAUACACCAAAAUAUGGUCUAUUAUAUCAUUCAUCUUUUAUCGGUCGGGCAGGAGCUAAGAAUAAAGGCAGAAUUUCUCGAUUCUUGGCGAAUAAAUGCACCAUUGCUUCCAGAAUUGAUUGUUUUAUUGAUAAACCGACGUCCAAGUACGGUAUAGCACUGAAAAACCAGGUUGAAGAGAGAUUAGGAUUUUACGAACAUGGCACAGCAGUUUCAAAGAAUAUGGAAGUGAUUAAUAAGGUGAUUAACGAGCUUAAAGAAGAAGAUUUGCUAAUGGAUAUCGAUGCUGAAUUACAAAGCGAAGAAGAAGUGGAAGAAGAAUCAACGAGAAAGCGUAAAGCUUCGCCAGGAUUACCGAUAACACCGUCAAAGAAACAUAAAAAUUUGAAAUCAAAUGAGGAGAGUUCCGAGCCAGAUAAAGAGACUGAUAUUGGUAAAGAGAGUUCCGAACCAGAUAAAGAGACUGAUAUUGAUAAAAAAGUUUCAUUUGUCCUUCAAAUACCUUCCGAAAUGAAAGCCAUAAAAACACCAGAGAAAUCAAAAAAGAAAAAAGUAACGCAAUAA